UUCUUCCAUCAUCUGCUAGUACCAAACUCUCAGGACUCGGGAACCUUCUCCUAGCCUCCAUUACUAACCGUCCCUGAGCUCUCUGAAAACUCUGAAAAAUGAUACAAGCUCAAUCGUGGUGCCGCACCUCCUAUAAGCUCCCGAACGGUGGCUUUUCUAUAACAGCGCCACUACACCAUAUUCUCCUCCCAGUCGACCCCAACAAAUGGCGGUCUCCUUUAGACGAAGAAGAAUAUGUAGACAACGAGCCCGAAGAUCUUGAUGAGACCUGGGCAUACAGAUUCAAGAUGAACGAGCACGUAUGGAUCCGUGCCCGGGACGGAACCUGGUGUCUUGGCUAUGUCUGCGGCCAGCCCAAACGCGGACUUUCUGACUUGGGAAGCGAAGGUCUGUUCUAUCCUGUCAUAUACACGCUGAAGGGCCCCCGGAUCCGCAAUGAGUUCUGUCCGUUUAACGGGGACAUCAAAGCGGAUACUCCGGGCGUGCGCAAGCUCCUUGCCGAGGCAGGGUGGCUUUAAGUUUGCUCGUGCUGUGUUUGGGCAACGUUCUGCGGGGCAGAACAUUCUCUUUGUUCUCUAUUUCUGGAUUUCACUCUUUGACUGUAGUCUUUUGUUUUUAUACCCCACCAUCAUACAAUUGUAAAAUACGAUUCAAC